UUCCAUUGAUCUCUCAGGUUUAGGACUCAAUGGAACUUUGGGAUACCUGCUUUCAGACCUUAUGUCACUGAGAAAACUUGACUUGAGUAACAACAAGAUCCAUGACACAGUUCCCUAUCAGUUGCCACCAAAUCUUACAAGCCUGAAUUUUGCUGGAAAUAACUUAAGUGGAAAUCUUCCUUAUUCCAUUUCUGCCAUGACUUCACUCAAUUAUCUGAAUGUAAGCAACAAUGCACUCUCCACUCCAAUUGGCGAUGUUUUUGCUAGUCUUUCUGAUCUUGGUACCCUGGAUCUUUCAUUCAAUAACUUUUCUGGGGAUCUACCUGCUUCAUUUGCUUCUCUGUCAAAUCUUUCUUCUCUUUUCUUGCAGAGCAAUCAAUUGACUGGCAAUCUUAAUACUCUUGUUGGUUUGCCGUUAGAUAGCUUAAAUGUUGCACACAAUAAUUUCAGCGGAUGGAUACCUCACGAGCUUAGUUCUAUCCAUAAUUUCAUAUUUGAUGGGAAUUCUUUUGACAACGGGCCUGCUCCUCCUCCACCACCAUUUACUUCUCCUCCACCCAGCAGGUCUCACAAUAGUCACCGUCGCUCUGGAUCUGGUUCCCAUAACAAAACACGGGUUUCUGAUAAUGAAAGUUCCGAUAGCAAUAAUGGCUUGACCACAGGGGCUAUUAUAGGCAUUAUUAUAGGUUCAAUAUUGGUGGCUGUUAUUUUGAUACUUGCUCUUUUCUUCUGUGUCCGAAAGCAAAAGGGGAAGGAAAAGGUUACAAGAACUUCUAGUGGGAGCCUUCCUCAUGGAACUACUAAUGUGAAUCCUCAGAUGCAAGAGCAGAGGGUAAAAAGUGCAGCUUUGAUUACGGAUCUCAAGCCUCCACCUGUUGAGAAUGUGGUAGUCGAGAGGGCGCCUGUGAAAAGUGGAUCUAUAAAGCAGAUGAAGUCCCCUAUAACUUCCACAUCAUACACAGUUGCUUCUCUCCAAAGUGCAACGAAUAGUUUUAGUCAAGAAAAUAUUAUUGGUGAAGGUUCUCUUGGUCGAGUUUACAGGGCUGAAUUUCCAAACGGGAAGAUCAUGGCCAUUAAGAAGAUCGACAACUCAGCCUUGUCACUACAGGAGGAAGACAAUUUUCUUGAAGCUGUUUCCAAUAUGUCAAGGUUACGGCACCCAAACAUUGUUACGCUGGCUGGAUAUUGUGCGGAGCAUGGCCAACGCCUUCUAGUUUAUGAGUAUAUAGGAAACGGAAAUCUACAUGACAUGCUACAUUUUGCUGAAGAUAGUAGUAAGGCUUUGUCUUGGAAUGCCCGAGUACGCAUAGCACUUGGCACAGCCCGGGCUUUAGAGUACUUGCAUGAAGUGUGUUUGCCUUCUGUUGUACAUAGAAAUUUCAAAUCUGCAAAUAUAUUACUCGAUGAAGAGCUCAAUCCUCACCUCUCUGAUUGUGGUUUAGCUGCACUAACACCAAACACUGAGCGGCAGGUUUCAACUCAGAUGGUCGGUUCGUUUGGUUAUAGCGCUCCUGAGUUUGCAUUAUCAGGAGUAUAUACUGUAAAAAGUGAUGUUUACAGCUUUGGAGUUGUCAUGCUGGAACUAUUGACUGGUCGGAAGCCGCUUGACAGUUCACGGGUUAGAUCAGAGCAGUCGCUUGUGAGAUGGGCUACACCCCAGCUCCACGACAUAGACGCGUUGGCUAAAAUGGUUGAUCCUGCUUUGAACGGCAUGUAUCCUGCAAAGUCGCUUUCGCGCUUUGCUGAUAUAAUUGCACUUUGUGUUCAGCCUGAACCUGAAUUUCGACCUCCCAUGUCGGAGGUGGUGCAAGCAUUGGUACGGUUAGUGCAAAGAGCAAGUGUGGUUAAACGAAGACCAAGUGAUGAAUCUGGUUUUGGUCACAGGACCCCGGAACAUGAGGCCAUAGAUAUGUCUUUUUAAAUAUGUAUUUGACCAUCUAAUCUUAAUGCAAUUUUGUGUAAAGUGUUGCAGUUUUUCCAGGGAAAAUAAGAACAUUAUGAAACACAAGGAAGAGUUAGAGAUCAUGAUGAAGAUGUUGUUAUCAAAUAUAGUAGAACAGAUUCAAGAUGUUUGUAAUUAAUUACACGUGUUGGAAAUUUUUCAUACGCCAUUUAAUACUUUGGAAAAAUAAGAUGUAUAUUAUUAACAUGACAUGGUGUAAUAUAAUGAAUUUUAAAGUCAUUAAUUUCUGUUCUUUAUGCUAAA